AGGGCAUUUUUCUGUUCAGAAUGUGGUGCCCCAGCCUGAUGGAGACAGCUCCAAAGUGAAGGUCAAAGUGCGCGUAAACGUGCACGGCAUCUUCAGUGUUUCCAGCGCCUCCCUGAUCGAGAAGCAGAAGGGUGAAGGAGAUGAUGUUCAGAUGGACAUGGAACCUACUGUGCAGAAUGAAGGAAGGCCAGAGGACCAGGUAACAGAAAGAGAAGGAGUGAGAAGAUUCACCUGAAUUUCACAUUGGUGAAGUUCGUUUUUCAGCCCCUUCACCCUAUUUUAAGAUUUAAGAACGCAUGGCAAAGAAGCCAUUGUUUAAUCUUCCCAUUUGAAUGUUGUAUGUCUAAGACUUAGAGCACUGAUAUGACUUCAUGUCUAUACCUGUGUGGUAAAUUUUACUGAAGCCCAUUUUCUCUCUAUUCCUGGCUCUUGAAGCUCCACCCCUCUCCUCCCAUUGAAGAUGACAUAUAUACAGUGCCUUGCAAAAGUAUUCAUUGCCCUUGGCAUUUUUCCUAUUUUGUUGCAUUACAACCUGUAAUUUAAAUUGAUUUUUAUUUGUAUUUCAUGUAAUGGACAUACACAAAAUAGUCCAAAUUGGUGAAGUGAAAUGAAAAAAAUAACUUGUUUCAAAAUAUUAUAAUAAAUAAAUAAUGGAAAAGUGGUGCGUGCAUAUGUAUUCACCCCCUUUGCUAUGGAGUCCCUAAAUAAGAUCUGGUGCAACUAAUUACCUUCAGAAGUCUCAUAAUUAGUUAAAUAAAGUGUCACAUGAUCUGUCACAUGAUCUCAGUAUAUAUACACCUGUUCUGAAAGGCCCCAGAGUCUGCAACACCAGUAAGCAAGGAGCACCACAAAGCAAGCGGCACCAUGAAGACCAAGGAGCUCUCCAAACAGAUCAGGGACAAAGUUGUGGAGAAGUACAGGUCAAGGUUGGGUUAUAAAAAAAAAUAUCAGAAACUUUCAACAUCCCACGGAGCACCAUUAAAUCCAUUAUAAAAAAAUGGAAAGAAUAUGGCACCACAACAAACCUGCCAAGAGAGGGCCACCCACCAAAAUUCACGGACCAGGCAAGGAGGGCAUUAAUCAGAGAGGCAACAAAGAGACCAAAGAUAACCCUGAAGGAGCUGCAAAGCUCCUUCAGGGUUGGAGUAUCUGUCCAUAGGACUACUUUAAGCCAUACACUCCACAGAGCUGGGCUUUACGGAAGAGUGGCCAGAAAAAAGCCAUUGCUUAAAGAAAAAAAUAAGCAAACACGUUUGAUGUUUGACACCAUCCCCACAGUGAAGCAUUGUGGUGGCAGCAUCAUACUGUGGGGAUGUUUUUCAUCGGCAGGGACUGGGAAACUGGUCAGAAUUGAAGGAAUGAUGGAUGGCGCUAAAUACAGGGAAAUUCUUGAGGGAAACCUGUUUCAGUCUUCCAGAGAUUUGAGACUGGGACGGAGGUUCACCUUCCAGCAGGACAAUGACCCUAAGCAUACUGAUAAAGCAACACUCGAGUGGUUUAAGGGGAAACAUUUAAAUGUCUUGGAAUGGCCUAGUCAAAGCCCAGACUUCAAUCCAAAUGAGAAUCUGUGGUAUGACUUAAAGAUUGCUGUACACCAGCGGAACCCAUCCAACUUGAAGGAGCUGGAGCAGUUUUGCCUUGAAAAAUGGGCAACAAUCCCAGUCGCUAGAUGUGCCAAACUUAUAGAGACAUACCCCAAGAGACUUGCAGCUGUAAUUGCUGCAAAAGGUGGCUCUACAAUGUAUUGACUUCGGGGGGGUGAAUAGUUAUGCACGCUCAAGUUUUCAGUUUUUUUGUCUUAUUUCUUGUUUGUUUCACAAUAAAAAAUAUUUUGCAUCUUCAAAGUGGUAGGCGUGUUGUGUAAAUCAAAUUAUACAAACCCCCCAAAAAUCAAUUUUAAUUCCAGGUUGUAAGGCAACAAAACAGGAAAAAUGCCAAGGGGGGUGAAUCCUUUCACAAGCCACUGUAACUGUAUUAACUAUAUAUGAGGUUUUAUGGUCACUAUGUGUGAUUAGCCCUCACUUCAAUCCUUUUUCAUACGCUACUUCCCCCUCUGUGAUACAAUUCUGGUCUCAUCUGUGGAGCACUGGUCUCAUUAAGGUUCAUCACAUUGAGCCUGGGAGAACGUGUGUGUUUGUAUAACCGGGCUUGGCAGUGUGUGACGCAAGAGGAUACAUGGAGCCAGUGGAAUAGCUAUUAAGUUGAAAAUGCUUUCCACAUCUUCAUAACUCUAUCCUUCACAGGCUGUGCUGUACCUGUGUCUGCUACAAAAAAAAUCAUUCUCCACUCCUUUGAUAUUAUCAAUAUUUCAGUGUAUUUUAAUGUGUUACUCAUACAGAUUAUAACAUUCUAAUUGGCAUCCUUGAACAGUAUAUAUUUUGAUUAGGUUAACAGGAGGGGUGUGCAGCUUGAAGUAAGCUGGUUUAUAUAGACGUAGGUGUAACGUAAUUAAUUACACUACUAAGGUGUCAAAGCUACUGUAAGUAGAGCAUGAGAGCAGCCAAGCGUUGAUUGUAAGAUUUAGGUGAUGUGGUUGUGAUGGUGUCCUACUGUCUCAGACUAAAAUGCAGGUGGACCAGGAGGGUCAAGGCCAGGUGGACCAGCAGAAUGAGGAUGCCAGCUCCGGCAGUAAGGUGAGCAUGUGAAUCAUAAGGAACUAUAAUUACAUUUAAACUUUUAUGUCUUGUGAAACACUGAGAACCAAUAUAAUGGUUUUUUUCGCCCAACAAAGGACGGAGUCCCUGGGGAGAAGCAGGACCCAGCAUCAGGGGGAAGCAAGCCUAAAGUAAAAGUGAAAAGCACUGACCUUCCCAUCCUGGCCAACACCAUCAGACAGCUGGACAGGGGGGUCCUCAAUGACUUUGUGGAGUAUGAGGUGAGUCACUCUAAAGGCCCCGACUCCCCAGCAGCUGAGUCAUAUUCUCAUCGAACCAAGAGAAAAGACUUACUGUAAAGUAAAACUUACCUGCCUUGUUUAGUUCAAAGACAUAAAACAUGAGUAGUAAGGGUUUCUGUAGGAAGGUUAAUUAUCUGCAGCUUUGGAACUGUAAAGGCAAUUUCUGCAUUAGUUGUCUCAUUCAUGUUUGACCUAUGUUGUACACUUCUACAAAACUGGCAGAUGAUGUAGCUCAUGUGGCCUAUAUUUCUGUGGGUCUGGCUUCCAUUGAGCCGCCUGGGAGUGGGUAUUAGAGGAGGCGGAAGGCUGAUUUUGGCUCUCAGUGUAGCCGACGUCAGUGUGCUGCUAACAGUUUAGCUUCCUCCACUGUCCCUGUCCCCAUACCGGGCUCGAACCAGUGAUCCUCUGCUCCGCAACACACGUGACAGCCCUCCUUGAAAACGUACCAACCGUUUGAGCUAUACAAAAGGUACCAAUUAUAUAGCUCCAUUGGCGACAUUUCAAGCUAGCUGUGGUGUGAGCUUACGGCAUGUUCUUAACUCUGUUACAUGUCUCACUCUGUCUCUCCCUCUCUUUCUCUCGGUGUCCCUCAGGGCCAGAUGAUCAUCCAGGACAAGCUGGAAAAAGAGAGGAAUGAUGCUAAGAAUGCUGUGGAGGAGUAUGUGUACGACCUGCGGGACAAACUGUGUGGCAUCUAUGAGAAGUACACCACUGUGGAGGUAAGAACCUAGAUGAACAGAUUCCUUUUAACUAUGAAAUAAAUACUGCCACAUUGAACAAAGAAUAAGACUAUGCAAUACAGAAUGUGUUUGCUGAUACCUGUUUUGGCCUUUCUCACCUUUCAAAAAGGACAGUAAUCGUCUGACGCUGAUGCUCGAGGACACAGAGAACUGGCUUUAUGAGGAGGGAGAGGACCAAGCCAAACAGGUCUAUGUGGACAAGCUGGAAGAUCUCAAGGUUAGUGUUUAUUUAGCAUAAAGGAUUUCUAUAUCCAGCGUCUGCCUGCACCAGUCUGCUAUUAUGGCAAUUCUGAAAUCAGGAGAAAGAAACAUGAAUAAUAAACAAAUGUAUUUGGGGCAUUUAGGUGGACAGCCUGAAUGUUUAGGAAUGUGACUUGAUUUGAGUGAUUUAUUUGACUGAUGUCCUUUUCCAGAGGUUUGGCCAGCCCAUUCAUGACAGGCACAGGGAGCAGGAAGACAGGCCGAGGGCAUUUGAAGAGAUUGGCAAGAAGAUCCAACUCUAUAUGAAGGCUGUGGAGCUUUAUAAACAGAAGGUAAAAACUGGAAUAUUUUUAUGUUAUAGUUCAGCAUCCUUUCAUCCUUGAGCGUCACUUAGUUUUUUCGAUUGUACUACUGUCCGAAAAGGCAUUGAGGGAGUUAUUUUACGCUGCCCGGGUUGAACUGGGCAAUGGCCCCUAAUCGGGCGAAAGUGGGGAGGGAGGUGUGCCCUUCUCAAAUCGAACAGUAAUCUGCGCUGCUUGGUCAUGUUGUCAACAAGGCAGCAUGGUGCAACUUCCAUAAAUCUCUUUUCCAUUAAAUAAAUGUUUGCAUUUUCAAAUUAGUUUUCAUUGGGAAGCAGAUAAACUGUUUUUAUCAAAAGCAAUCACUUUUGCAUGGGAAAACAAAGAAUCCUAUUAAUUACUGCACGUGCUUAAUUACAUCACCUUUUUUUUUAAGCCGACUUCGCCGUCGGACAGAGCGGGGCACCUGGCUCGCGCCCAGGAGGCAGCCCGGUUCCAAAUCGAAUGCAAUGAACUUUCAGCCGGUGCAUAACACAUCUACCCUGGUGCCCGGGCGGGAUUAAUCGAACCCCCUCAUUAUUAUGCUCUUGCGUGCUUGUUCCCUCCCACUUUAAAAACAUUUAACCCUCAGUGGGAACAUGGUUUCUGUGGAGUGAUGAGACACUAAGAGCCAAUUUAUGCUUGAUCCGAAAAUGUGGUCAGAGGCGCCGUAUGGAUGGUGUGACGCAAUUGUGGAGCCUCCGGAGGCAUGCAGAGGCCAAAUUCAGCUCUGUACCGCAUUGCCAUGCACCUCUCAAUUUUCUUUGCAAUGCGGAGGGCUCCAUAUAGCUCCGCAUUGACAAGAUUGGUUGACGGUAGGUGAGGGCGGGAGGUCCUGUAUAAACACAAACUCACUUCCUUGACGACUUCCUUCACAACAGCUCUGCGCUGCUUGGCGAAGUGCAAGAAGUAUGAAUGCCCUGACUUCUGCAGAGGCCAUAUCACCGUAAAUGCUGCACAGCCAAUGCAGACGUCAGAUUGACCAUGCAUCACCUUUAAAUCGGAGGGCCUGUUGUCUGGACCUCUGGCAGUCUCUAUGGAGGUGCCACAGGGUUCAAUUCUCGGGCCGACUCUAUUCUCUGUGUAUAUCAAUGAUGUCGCUCUUGCUGCUGGUGACUCUCAGAUCCACCUCUACGCAGACGACACCAUUUUGUAUACAUCUGGCCCUUCAUUGGACACUGUGUUAACAAACCUCCAAACGAGCUUCAAUGCCAUACAACACUCCUUCAGUAGCCUCCAACUGCUCUUAAACGCUAGUAAAACUAAAUGCAUGCUCUUCAGUCGAACACUGCUUGCACCCGCCCGCCCGACUAGAAUCACUACUCUCGGCGGGUCUGACUUAGAAUAUGUGAACAACUACAAAUAGCUAGGUGUCUGGUUAGACCGUAAACUCUCCUUCCAGACUCACAUUAAGCAUCUCCAAUCCAAAGUUAAAUCUAGAAUCGGCUUCCUAUUUCGCAACAAAGCCUCCUUCACUCAUGCUGCCGAACAUGCCCUUGUAAAACUGACUAUCCUACCAAUCCUUGACUUCGGCAAUGUAAUUUACAAAAUAGCCUCCAACACUCUACUCAGCAAAUUGGAUGUAGUCUAUCACAGUGCCAUCCGUUUUUUCACCAAAGCCCCAUACACUACCCACCAUUGUGACCUAUACGCUCUCGUUGGCUGGCCCUCACUACAUAUUUGUCGCCAAACCCACUGGCUCCAGGUCAUCUAUAAGUCACUGCUAGGCAAAUCCCCGCCUUAUCUUACCAUAGCAACACUCACCCGUAGUAUGCGCUCCAGCGGGUAUAUCUCACUGGCCAUCCCCAAAGCCAACACCUCCUUUGGCCGCCAUUCCUUCCAGUUCUCUGCUGCCAAUGACUGGAACGAACUGCAAAAAUCUCUGAAGCUGGAGACUCUUAUCUCUCACUAACUUUAAGCAUCAGUUGUCAGAGCAGCUUACCGAUCACUGCACCUGUACACAGCCCAUCUGUAAUUAGCCCACCCAACUACCUCAUCCCCAUAUUGUUAUUUAUUUUGCUCAUUUGCACCCCAGUAUCUCUAUUUGCACAUCAUCUUCUGCACAACUAUCACUCCAGUGUUAAUACUAAAUUGUAAUUAUUUUGCACUAUGGCCUAUUUAUUGCCUUAACUUACUACAUUUGCACACAUUUUCUAUUGUGUUAUUGACUGGACGUUUUGUUUAUUCCAUAUGUAACUCUGUUGUUGUUUUUAUCGCACUGCUUUGCUUUAUCUUGGCCAGGUCGCAGUUGUAAAUGAGAACUUGUUCUCAACUGGCUUACCUGGUUAAAUAAAGGUGAAAUAAUUUUUAUUUAUUUUUUAAUUAAAGCUCAGUGUGAGAUGCAAUGAAAUUAUGCUGAGCCCAUUUACAAUGCCUCUAUUUCUCUGUGAACUACUACACCACUGCUCUGUUGGGAUUGUGCUAGUUACUUUCCUUUUCCAUAUUCAGGACACUCCUCUGGGGCCUGUACACACUUUUCAAAGCUGGUUAGGUCAUUGUCAUAGUAAUUUUAUGAGCAGUUGUGACACUAUUGUGACUUAAUCUGUCUCUGGGUUUAACCCAGGAUGUAUGUAAUAAACCAUCUGUGACAUUUUUAUUAAUUGAUUUGUUUGUCCAGAGGCGGGGCUCCUAGUGGCUGGGGACUUUCAUGCAGGGAAACUUACAGAGGAAAAUAAACUCUAGACCACCUUUACUCCACACACAGAGACGUGUACAAAGCUCUCCCUCGCCCUCCAUUUGGCAAAUCUGACCAUAACUCUAUCCUCCUGAUUCCUGCUUACAAACAAAAACUAAAGCAGGAAGCACCAGUGACUCGGUCAAUAAAGAAGUGGUCAGGUGACGCAGAUGCUAAGCUACAGGACUGUUUGCUAGCACAGACUGGAAUAUGUUCCGGGAUUCUUCCGAUGGCAUUGAGGAGUACACCACAUCAUUCAAUGGCUUCAUCAAUAAGUGCAUCGAUGACGUCGUCCCCACAGUGACUGUACGUACAUACCCCAACCAGAAGGCAUGGAUUACAGGCAACAUCCACACUGAGCUAAAGGGUAGAGCUGCUGCUUUCAAGGAGCGGGACUCUAACCCGGACGCUUAUAAGAAAUCCUGCUAUGCCCUCCGACGAACCAUCAAACAGGCAAAGCGUUAAUACAGGACUAAGAUUGAAUCGCACUACACCGGCUCCGACGCUCGUCGGAUGUGGCAUGGCUUGCAAACUAUUACAGACUACAAAGGGAAGCACAGCCGCGAGGUGCCCAGUGACACGAGCCUACCAGAAGAGCUAAAUUACUUCUAUGCUCGCUUCGAGGCAAGCAACACUGAAGCAUGUAUGAGCGCAUCAGCUGUUCCAGACGACUGUGUGAUCACGCUCUCCUUAGCCGAUGUGAGUAAGCCCUUUAAACAGGUCAACAUUCACAAGGCCGCAGGGCAAGACGGAUUACCAGGACGUGUACUCCGAGCAUGCGCUGACCAACUAGCAGUUGUCUUCAACCUGUCCCUAACUGUAAUACCAACAUGUUUCAAGCAGACCACCAUAGUCCCUGUGCCCAAGAACACUAAGGUAACCUGCCUAAAUGACUACCGACCCGUAGCACUCACGUCUGUAGCCAUGAAAUGCUUUAAAAACUGGUCAUGGCUCACAUCAACACCAUUAUCCCAGAAACCCUAGACCUACAACAAUUUGCAUACCGCCCCAACAGAUCCACAAAUGAUGCAAUUUCUAUUUGCACUCCACACUGCCCUUUCCCACCUGGACAAAAGGGACACCUACGUGAGAAUGUUUUUCAUUGACUACAGCUCAGCGUUCAACACCAUAGUGCCCUCAAUGCUCAUCACUAAGCCAAGGACCCUGGGACUAAACACCUCACUCUGCAACUGGAUCCUGGACUUCCUGAUGGGCCGCCCCCAGGUGGUAAGGGUAGGUAACAACACAUCUGCCAUGCUGAUCCUCAACACGGUGGCCCCUCAGGGGUGCGUGCUCAGUCCCCUCCUGUACUCCCUGUUCACCCAUGACUGCAUGGCCAGGCACGACUCCAACACCAUCAUUAAGUUUGCAGACGACACAACAGUGGUAGGCCUGAUCUCCGACAAUGAUGAGACAGCCUAUAGGGUGGAGGUCAGAGACCUGGCCGUGUGGUGCCAGGAUAACAACCUCUCCCUCAACGUGAUCAAGACAAAGGUGAUGAUUGUGGACUACAGGAAAAAGAAGAGGUCCGAGCAUGCCCCCAUUCUCAUCGACAGGGCUGUAGUGGAGCAGGUUGAGGGCUUCAAGUUCCUUGGUGUCCACAUCACUAACAAACUAUCAUGGUCCAAACACACCAAGACAGUCGUGAAGAGGGCAUGACAAAGCCUAUUCCCCCUCAGGAGACUGAAAAGAUUUGGCAUGGGUCCUCAGAUCCUCAUAAAAGUUCUACAGCUACACCAUCGAGAGCAUCCUGACUGGUUGCAUCACUGCCUGGUAUGGCAACUGCUCGGCCUCCGACCGCAAGGCACUACAGAGGGUAGUGCGUACGGCCCAGUACAUCACUGGGGCCAAGCUUCCUGACAUCCAGGACCUCUAUACCAGGCGGUGUCAGAGGAAGGCCCUAAAAAUUGUCAAAGACUCCAGCCACCCUAGUCAUAGACUGUUCUCUCUGCUACUGCAAGCCAAGCGGUACCGGAGUGCCAAGUCUAGGUCCAAAAGGCUUCUUAACAGCUUUUGCCCCCAAGCCAUAAGACUCCUGAACAGCUAAUCAAAUGGUUACCCGGACUAUUUGCAUAUAAUUUCUCUAAAUCUAUUUUUUACUUAACCCUUAUUUUUCUUAAAAGUGCAUUGCUGGUUAAGGACUUGUAAGUAAGCAUUUCACUGUAAGGUCUACACCUGUUGUAUUCGGCAAAUGUGACAAAUAACAUUUGAUUUUAUUUGAUUUGUGAGGGCAUAGAUGAGGUGAUUCACUUAAUGAGAUAGAGGUGUGCCAUCUCUAAUUGUUUUGUUUCCUAUCAACACUCAGGAUGAGCGUUACCAGCAUCUGAAUGCUGAGGAGAUUAGCAACGUGGAGAAGUGUUUAAAUGAAAGCAUGGGCUGGAUGAACAGCAAGAUGAAUGCCCAGAGCCAACUCACCAUCGCCCAGGACCCAGUCGUGAAAGUAGCAGACAUAAUUUCCAAAAUACAGGUGUGUGUGAUAAGUGUGAAUGAUUCAAUCAUAUGACAUGCUAUUGGCCCAUCGUCACCAGGUACUGAUUAUUUUAAUAAUACUGCAUCCUCCUAUCUUCCACAUAUACCUAUACUUUAGGAACUGGAUGAAGUAUGCAACCCAGUGGUCAACCGGCCGAAUCCCAAAGCAGAGCAUGUGUCAGAGGAGAAUGACAAGAGCAAUGGGGCUCAUAACGGCGGGAGGGGCGCGGCAAACGGUAGCAACCAGACAAAGCCUCCUUCAGGAGAGAUGGAGAUUGACUGAGCCCCUCUGCCAAACAAGCUCUGCUACCAGCACUCUAGCUCCCAUCAGACCAUUUAGACAAGGUCUACCCAAACAUACAGUACAUAGUAUAUCCGGGACCAUUUUUCCAUGUCCACCACCACUCAAUGGGCUGUUUUGUGCAUUUGUAUUCAGAGUCCCCCUGUUAGAUUGUUUUCCUUUUGAUAUUUUUUUUACUUUCCCUUGUAUGUUACAAUGGUGUGCUCCUCCCUCAGAGGUUAGACAAUACCUUAUAUAGUCAUUAACUGUAAGAUUAGAUAUAGAUGAAAACAAUGCUGGCUCUCCCAAAAACAGUUUUUAUACCUUACGUGUUUGCAUUUCAAAAGUCCCAUAAGCAUCAGAUCUCUAAGGUGACUCUUAUUGCACAUAACCUUGUAGUGGAACAUAAGUAGAAUUACUGUCUGAACAA